AUGAGUCGCGAGAUCAGUCCUCCACCUUUCAAAAGGCGGAAGAUAUCACCCACCGACGCAACGUCUGUUAACCUUGCGACACCAUCGCCACUCGCUGCACCUGACGCCGAUACAAUGCGCAUCUUCUCCUGGAACGUGAACGGCAUCGCGCCCUUUCUUCAGAAGUCUAUUACCAACUUCUUCAGCUCAAAGAACUCGGAUGUCAAGUUUCCGCCAGCAUCCCUUCGCGUAUUUCUCAACAGGCAUCAGUGGCCAGCCAUACUCUUUCUGCAGGAAGUCAAGAUUGCCACACAGGAUGCUAAAACGCAGGAUGCUGUACGAAGUGCGAUUAAUGCAAGACUAUCAUCUGAAACACCUGAAUCAGGAAGAGGACCAAGCUAUGAGGCAGAUUUCACGUUGCCUAUGGACAAACAUAAUGCGAGAGGCUUAGGCGGAGGUGGAAAAGUGUAUGGCGUGUGUAGUAUCGUACGGGAAGACCUUACUACCAAAUACCAAACCAAAGUCCGCACGGUUGAAUGGGACAAAGAAGGUCGUAUCUCCGUAGUAGAACUCAGGAACGACUCGACAAAGAUUGCACUUUUCAACAUCUACGCCGUCAACGGCACUGACAACCCGUACCGCAAUCCAGCAACAGGCGCGAUAAGUGGUACAAGGCACGACCGAAAACUCGCGUUUCAUCGCCAUCUCAUGGAAGAAUGUCUAAGCCUAGAAGAGGAAGGCUGGCAAGUUCUACUUGCUGGCGACAUGAAUGUUGCACCUGCCAGAAUCGACGGACACCCCCGCCUGCGCACAUUUCCUCAACAACAUGUUUUCAAUCGUGCGGACUUUAACGCCAGGUUCCUCGGCGGAAAGAAGCAAAGGGAAGAAAAAAUGUUCGAUGGGGUCGAUGUUUGGAGAAAAAUGAAUGAGAAGGAGAAGCGAUACACGUGGUUCUCUAGAAAUCAACCAUGGGGAACUAGCUGUGAUAGGGUAGAUUAUGUUAUCGUGGGAAAGGGAAUGUGGGAUAAGGGACUGGUACUUGGAGCUGGGAUCUUGGACAGUGAGGCAGAGCGAGGACCUAGUGAUCAUGUCCCAGUGUGGGUUGAUAUCAAUUUGGCACAAACUGAUGAACGAGAAGAGAAACAUGAGUCCAGCUAA